GUUCUGGUGACUGUUACUCAUCAACAACAACCGCUCUUCCGCUGGCUUCCAUCUCCUUCCUCAUCGUCAUCUACAACACCCAUCACCAAGAACAACAACACAGCUUUCCGCGGUUCAGAGACCACGAUGCAGACAUCAGAGACUGGGUCGGACACAGGUUCGACUGUGACUUUACAGGCAUCUGUGGCUGGCCAGGCAGCAGUGCCCACACAGGUAGUACAGCAGGUACCGGUUCAGCAACAGGUACAGCAAGUACAGACUGUGCAACAGGUACAGCAUGUCUACCCAGCCCAGGUUCAGUAUGUAGAGGGAAGUGACACAGUCUACACAAAUGGAACUAUUCGAACAACUUACCCUUAUACGGAAACCCAGAUGUAUAGCCAAAACACUGGGGGAAAUUACUUCGAUACUCAAGGAAGUUCUGCACAGGCAACUACAGUGGUCUCCUCUCAUAGUAUGGUGGGCACCGGAGGGAUUCAGAUGGGUGUUGCAGGAGGACAGCUCAUUAGCAGCUCAGGAGGGACCUAUCUUAUUGGCAAUUCCAUGGAAAAUUCUGGUCAUUCAGUGACUCAUACAACACGGGCCUCCCCAGCUACAAUUGAAAUGGCGAUUGAGACACUACAAAAGUCUGAUGGUCUUUCUACUCACAGAAGCUCUCUUCUCAACAGUCAUCUCCAAUGGCUUUUAGACAACUAUGAAACUGCAGAAGGAGUGAGUCUCCCCAGAAGUACCCUUUACAACCAUUAUUUACGUCAUUGUCAGGAGCACAAGUUAGAUCCAGUCAAUGCUGCCUCCUUUGGAAAACUCAUACGGUCAAUCUUCAUGGGAUUACGGACCAGAAGACUGGGAACCAGGGGGAACUCCAAAUACCAUUAUUAUGGGAUUCGUGUCAAACCAGAUUCUCCCCUUAAUCGGCUACAAGAGGACAUGCAAUAUAUGGCUAUGAGACAGCAACCCAUGCAGCAGAAACAGAGAUACAAGCCUGUGCAGAAAGUGGAUGGAGUUGCAGAUGGUUUCGCAGGAAGUGGUCAACAGGCAGGCACAUCUGCUGAACAAACGAUAAUUGCCCAAAGUCAACAUCAUCAGCAGUUUUUAGAUGCAUCUCGAGUACUUCCAGAGUUUGGAGAAGUAGAAAUAUCUUCUCUGCCAGAUGGUACUACCCUUGAGGACAUAAAAUCACUGCAAAGUCUUUAUCGAGAGCACUGUGAGGCAAUAGUGGAUGUUGUUGUGAAUCUUCAGUUUAGCCUGAUAGAAAAAUUGUGGCAAACUUUCUGGCGCUAUUCUCCUGCUGCUCCAGCUGGUGACACAGCUAUUAUUGAAUUGAGCAAUCUGAGUGAAAUAGAAAGUCGACUUCCAAAAGGAAAACUGAUUAUUCUGUGCAAAAACGAGGCUAUUCUGAAAUGGAUGGGUAAUUGUGACCAUGUGAUGUACCAGGCUUUGGUGGAGAUUCUCAUUCCUGAUGUCCUUAGACCUAUUCCUAGUGCCUUGACUCAAGCCAUUCGCAAUUUUGCAAAAAGCCUUGAGGGUUGGCUUUCCACUGCCAUGAACAAUAUUCCACAGAGAAUGAUACAAACCAAGGUUGCUGCUGUAAGUGCCUUUGCCCAGACUUUGAGAAGAUACACAUCUCUUAAUCACCUGGCUCAGGCAGCUCGGGCUGUGCUUCAAAACACUUCUCAGAUCAACCAGAUGCUCAGUGAUCUCAACCGUGUUGAUUUUGCCAAUGUACAGGAACAGGCUUCCUGGGUGUGUCAGUGUGAUGACAAUAUGGUUCAAAGACUAGAAACAGAUUUCAAGGUGACUCUUCAGCAGCAGAGCACUCUGGAGCAGUGGGCUGCCUGGCUUGAUAAUGUAAUGAUGCAAGCAUUGAAACCGUAUGAAGGAAGACCCAGCUUUCCUAAAGCAGCACGGCAAUUUCUUUUAAAAUGGUCUUUCUACAGCUCAAUGGUGAUUCGAGAUUUAACCUUACGCAGUGCUGCUAGCUUUGGCUCUUUUCAUCUGAUCCGCUUGCUUUAUGAUGAGUACAUGUUUUACUUAGUAGAACAUCGUGUUGCUCAGGCAACAGGAGAGACACCUAUCGCAGUUAUGGGAGAGUUUGGUGAUUUAAAUUCUAUAUCCCCUGGAAAUAUGGAUAAAGAUGAUGGCAGUGAAGUUGAAAGUGAAAUAGAAGAAGAGCUGAAUGAAAAUGGAGAGCCACAAGCCAAGAGGGAGAAAACAGAACUAAACCAGGCAUUUCAGGUGGGCUGCAUGCAGCAGCCAAUGCUUGAGAGUGGAGUAGAGCAGAGCCUCCUGAACCCGCUUCAUAAUGAGCACAUUGUUACAAAUUCUCAGACUAUCAGACAGUGCAGCGCUACUGGAAAUACAUAUACUGCAGUGUAA